AUGUUUCUCUGUCGGCUGAUUCGGUCACCUAGUGGCGCUAAUCGAUUCCACAAGAGUCCCUGUAUCUUUUCGGUAGCGACCUUCUAUUUCUUCCGUCGAUUCCGACACGCUGCUGUCAACGCAUUGCUGGGGCGGAGGAAGACUACCAGACGUCAUAGUGCUGGACAUAUUGAUCCCGUGUCAAACUAUGGAGGCUCUGCACAUAAGUGGGUUGAUCUUAUGUACAUGAAAGGGUGGUCACCUAGCAGCGGAAUAUGUACAGGUUACUUCCUUUUUGCAUCGGAAAAAUACAGCGUAUUUGAAGGAGGGGGAGUUUUACAAGUGGACGUACUCUUUGCAAGAGCAUUACAGGUACCUUCGAACAAAAGGAAGCAUAGUAAGAAAAACAUUUUACAAAACUCCAACAGUACUGAUGCGAUCCCGAAUAGUCAUAUGCCCAACCAAUUGUCCAUGUCAAGCACUGCCAUAAACCUCGGAUCCGGCCUUGUUUCUGUUGAUUACGAGACACGAGAAGGCAAUGCGCGUUCCUCUCAGGAUUUUCAGCCAGUCAGUGGCACGUUGGUUUUCAGAGAAGAUGAAUACAGAAAACAAAUCCCAAUUAACAUCACGACUGAAGGACGCACUAUUAAUACUGUUGAUUUCUUCCUCAUACUGAAGAAUCCAUCCGGUAAUGCUGGUUUAGGGGACCCUUCUGUGGCACACGUUGUUAUCAUUGGUAGACACGAGCCCGGAGAGUUCCUCUUCGAAUCCGCGUUCUGUCAUGCUGACAUGAAAAAUGGUACAGUCACGGCAGUUGUCCACAGAGAGGGCGGAUUUGAUGGUGUUGUGAGUGUCCAGUAUCAAACUAUGGAUGGAACUGCGUUAGGCGGGAGUGAACUCGGAAUUGGUGCAGACUAUAUUGUUACUAAGGACACACUGACCUUUGCAGACGGUGAAAUUACCAAAGCUAUAACCAUUGAAGUGAACUCUGAAAUAAAGACGUGCAAGAAUUUUAUCAUUGUUCUGAGCAACCCAGACAACGGUGCGAGAAUUGGAGAAAGAAGUGCAGUGGUUUGCUUCAUGAAUAACGAUGAAUUGGCACAUCAUUUAGGAGAAGCAAUAGAAGACGAAGAAGAGGAAGAAUUGUCUUGGGCCAUGGAAGUUGGUGGUUCUUCCGAUGCAGAAAUCAAAUCAGAACUUAUGUGGUAUGAUUAUUUACUCCAUUUUCUUACCUUCUGCUGGAAAGUCAUUUUCGCUGCUAUUCCACCGACUGGGGAUGUAGAUGCCCUCCGUGCAGUUGCAAAAGGAGUACUGGAGAAGCAUGAAGAAGAAGGUCCCAAAGAGUGUCGGCACGAGGAUCCACCUGCUUUACGCCGUCAGGGAAGGCGUCAGAUGCUCCGCCGUUGUAGUAGACAAAGGCGAUAUACAGUGGCCCGCCCUGAAACCACACUGCGACUCGGGGUACACACGAGAAGCGAGGUUCUGCAAACGUGGCAAGACGAGGCGGGCAAAGCCUUUCCCGACGACGCUGAGGAGGGAAAUGCCGUGGUAGUUAUUGCAGUUGCUGCGGUCACCUUUAGUCUUAUAGAGGGUGACAAUUUUGGCUAUCUCGCAUGUCCCGGGGGACGUGGCCCUUCUCCCAGCACAGGUACAGGAGCUCGUGGAGAUGCCGCAACAGAGCUGGCUUGCCACUCUUCAGAACCUCCAAUGGGAUCCCGUCCAUCCCAGGGGCCCUCCCGCAGGAGAGACAGUCGAUGGCUUUUCUUCUGCAGAGGGCGGGGCAUCCAACUCCUCUAUGACUGGAAGACUGGGCAAGGCAUCCAGGGCGGCAUCCGUCACCACGUUAUGGGUUGCAUGAAGCUCCAGGUAGUGCUCCACCCAGCGCUCCAGCUGCUUUCCCUGGUCUGUAAUGACCUCUCCAUUCCCUGGACUUCAGCGGAGCCGUCUUGA